AUGAGUCGCGAGGGCUUCGUGUACCCUCCCACUUCGAGCUACGGUCCGGCCUCAGCACGGGAGCCCGCCUGGCAACCUCCGAUGAACCCUCCAGCAGCUGUGGCAGCCGCAGGCUCGCUGUGGCACUCGCUCGCCCGGCUGGAGCUCGAGUCUCACAACACAUGCAUCAAAAAGGUGCAGUUGGAUCAAGAUGACAACCAGACCGGUUCAAGCUAUGACCGCCAUGUGAAGAACUACACGAUGUACUGGGCGAUGUUCCAGGCCAAGCGCUGCCAGCGCGCACCGGGGGAAGUGCCUGUUCCGGCGUUCCCUGUCACCGCCCUCAAGGCCUCCUUCUUCCUGGAGUAUGAGAUGACACGCGAAAAGCACCGCCAGGGCAAGAACGAGACCAUCACGGGGUCGAACGUGGGCAAAUCUCACAUCUCGCAGGUCAUCAAUACGCUCGAGAGCUGGCGUCGCAACAACGCCUACCUGUACAAGGAUGCCCCCGAUGCGCAGAUGUCGUUGCGCACUGACAUCCGCAUCCGCACUGCAGAGUUAUCGGCCAAGCACCAGGAGCCGAAACACAUAGAGAAGGCACAGGCCUUGAAGGCCGUGGGGAGCUCUGGGGACACUUACACGCCCGACGAGCUGAAGAGGUGCUCAAUUUGGUGCCUGACGGACGUGUCGGGUGUCAAGUCGAUCUGGAUCGGCCUGCAUGACCGUGCGAUGCUCCUCCUUUCAUCCACGAUGGCUUUCCGCGGGGAAAGCUCACGCAUCCUCGAGUGGUCGGACCUCUUUCUGUUGUCCAUCCUCAUGGAUGAUGUCCGCCUUGGGUACAGAGUCCCGAUGAGUGAAGAGGACAAUGCUAAGCAUAAUCAGCAGGGCCGCCUGGAUGAGCAUGGAGCCAUCCGUCACCGCGAAGUCGAGCUGUGCCCAGUCAGGGCACUGGCAUUUCUCUUCUUCGGGUUCUUCCAUGUCCUUCACCUGCCACUCCCUAACCUGCUCCCGGACUUUGAGGACAAUGCAUGUGCAGCUAUGUCAUAUGACAAUCACUGCGACCGGCUGCGGGGUAUUCACGAGGAGAACAACAUCUCGAUCACGAAGGUCACGCAUGCCGGCAGGGCUUAUGCCGCACAGACGGUGUGUGCGCACGGUGCCACGGUCAGCGGGACGAAAGUGCUCGGCGGAUGGAACAAAAAUGGCUCCUUUCACCAGUGCUAUGAGUGGACCUUCCCUGUCGAUGCCCUCCUCGGUGCUGCGAUGUUCAAUGGCCACAAGCCUGAAAUGUAUUCGCUCCCGCGUGAUGCUCUCAAGCCACCAUCCGAACUCCUCGCACAAGUGUUCCCGUGGAUCGAGCAAGAGCAGGCUGCCCUCGAGACACGCAUUCAAGACAACCCAUUGGCUCAGGACUACGCCCUUCGCCACUUCCUCCGGCUCAUGCUGUGGUUGCGCCGGGUGCUGCUGCAGGACGCGAUGAUCCUGUGCGCGAUGCAGCCCUCUGCCCCUGUGUUUGCAUUUGCACCCUUCAACACUCCCGCCUUUCAUACCUUCGCCAGCCAGGCAAUGCCCGCCAUCCAGGAAGCCGAGGAGCAGGCCCGCAUGGCCUAUCAGAAUCUCCCCGAGCACCUGAUACGCAGCCUGUGUGGUGCCACCACCGAUGUGCUCAUGGAGCAAAAGAGGCAGCACGAAGAGAGCAACAGGCAGAUGUCCGACAUUUCAGAGCGGAUCCUCAAGAUGGAGGGCAUGAUCGGCACGCUCCUGAACUCCAGGUCCACUCGAAGGUCCAAGAUAACUUUCGUGCCUCCCAAGCAAAGUCCGGCGGCCCCGGUGACAGCCCCUGCACCAAUGCCUGCAGCAGCAGCCCCGCCAGUCAUCACAAUCAACUUCCACGGCAGUGACGGGCCUGUAAGCACUUCCGCAGUGCCUUCGGUCUCCACAUCGGUCAGUGCCAUAGCGAACGGUGCAGCAUCGUCCGACUCGACUGCCACGUUGGAUGGCUCCAGUCACCAUGUCGCUGCUGUGCCUGCACUGCCAUCAGUGUCGGGGAUGGUAGCGCCUUCUGUGGCACCCGCUCGUGCAGAUCCACACUUGGCCAGGCGGGAUGAGCUCCGGCAGAAGUAUGGUGAAGUCGUCUUCCAGAAGCAUGAGCCGUGGGUUUGGAAGCAGGGUGAGCUUCUUCCAUGCUAUCGGUACCAGCCAGUGAAUGCGAUCGUGGAUGUCUGGACGGAGUGGACGGAGUGGACGGACAGGCUCAGUGGACAUAUCUCGGUGCGUGAACUGACGGAGAAGUGGGGCAACUGCUGGCAUCUCAACGAUGCAAGACUCAAGACCGAAGGCGGGCGCUGCAAAAAGAUCAUCGACCUCAUCACGGAGCUUUCGCAGAAGCCACGCUGGUCGAUCCAGUGGUGCUUCGGUUCUUCAAUGAGAAGUAUGGCCACUACAGGGCGCGCUCGUUCGCCGACUACCUCACCAAGCAUGGGGGUGCGGGUCACCGUGAGGUGCUCCAAGUUGCAACACACUAUCUGUAGUGCGACGUGA